CUUCUUACAAAUUUUGAUUAUGAAAAUGAAAUGCGUUAUUAAGUAAAAAAAAGAAAAGGAAAAGAAAAAAAGGUUGAGAGAGAGAGAGAGAGAGGGGGUGCAAUGGCCGGAAAACCAGGUGCUGCGGCUCCGACAUAUUCACCAUCGACCGGUCACCGGAAGAAGAGGCCCACGAUCCAAACCGACUCUGAAUGGGUCCGACCUGACGGCCGCAGCCUUCACCAGUGCCGCCCUGCAUUUUUGAAGACCGGGGCAGUGAAUUCUUCCUCAGGGUCUGCGUAUGCAGAGUUCGGAAGCACCAAGGUCAUUGUAUCUGUAUUUGGCCCCAGGGAAAGUAAGAAAGCUAUGAUGUAUAGUAAUGCUGGACGGUUGAAUUGUAAUGUCAGUUAUACAACUUUUGCUUCUCCUGUCCGUGGUCAGACUCCAGAAACCAAGGAUAUUUCGGCAAUGCUCCACAAAGCUCUGGAGGGCGCCAUUAUACUAAAAUCUUUCCCUAAGACUACUGUUGAUGUCUUCGCUUUGGUAUUGGAAUCUGGAGGAAGUGAUCUUCCGGUAAUCACGUCGUGUGCCAGUCUUGCUCUUGCGGAUGCAGGCAUCAUGUUGUAUGACAUGGUUGCCUCUGUUUCUGUGUCAUGUAUUGGGAAGAAUCUUCUCAUUGACCCUGUAUCAGAAGAAGAAAGCCAUCAAGACGGGGCUCUUAUGAUCACUUGCAUGCCAUCGCAUAAUGAGGUCACACAGAUGACUGUCACUGGGGAGUGGUCGACAGCUAAGAUCAAUGAGGCAAUGCAGUUAUGCCUCGAUGCUUGUUCGAAGCUGGGGAAGGUCAUGAGAUCAUGUCUUAAAGAAGCUGCUUCUGCUCCACAGGAUUAGGAACUCUUCCUCAUCGUAUAUAAAUAUUUCACUUCCAUCAUCAAUUUUGCUGCAUUUCUGGGCCAUAUAUACUAAUUUAUGUGAAGCCCUUAGUUUUUAUACUAAACUGUUUGGUGAUGUACAUGUCUUGAUCAAUGAUUCAGUAGAAGAGAGAGAGAGAGAGAGAAGAGCAUUUAAUGGAUGACGGUGGGAGCAUAUUCCGUGCUGAUCGUUAGGGAGCAAGUGUUUUAAAUGGAGGUCACUUGUAACUCUGUAGGUGGGACGACCUUCCACCUAUCAUCAAACUUUCGCCAUCAUAUUACCAUACAAUACUAUAAUUUCGUAUUAUUGUGUGAUUUUAUAAUGUGGUGAGUGUCUAUUGGAGUUUCAUUUUGCUUUUGUUGAGGAGUAUAUGAUCAACCUGAUCUUAGUUUUAA